ACGCCCCAAAUUGUGUGUGUAGCUAUGGAGGCUAUGGAAGCUAACUACGCUGAAUCAUGGUCAAUAAGUAAAUAAGUAAAACUCGGAAGAAAACAAACCCAGUCGUUGCCAUUUUGGCUACGUAACAUUAGAAUAGAGACUAAUUCGAGUGCAAUUUAUAAAGCUGAUAAAUAUUAAAAUCGCCAUUUCCGGACUUCAAAUACCUCAUGGCUCAGGACAAAUCCCAACAGAAACCUCCACAGAAGAAGAAGAAGAAGAAGUUGCCUCCAGUUGACAAUGAAGUUAGUGUGCAAGGAAAUAAAGUAAACAGAGCCAAGAGGAAAAAGAUGGAAGUGGAGGAGGCUCCAGUUUCCAUUCCGGAUGACAACAUUGCAAUGGAGGAAAAACAAAAGAAUAAAGCGAAAAAACAUAAGAAGCAACAAAAAACUCAGCAAACAGAGACGACAAAGCAGAUUUCAGUCCCACCCGAUGAUCCAGACGGAAAUGAGGACUUGAGUCCAGAGGAGAGGCGCGUCUUGGAGAGGAAGCUGAAGAAGAUGUUGAAAAAAGAGGAGAAGAAGCGGUUGAAAGCAGAGGGGAUCACCUUACCAAAAACGAAAAAACCCUCUCCCGGGCCGAGCGCGGCAAAGCAGGCCUUGGAUUACCUGACUUGCUGGGCUGACAAUCGUGCAGAUUGGAGGUUCCAGAAGAUACGGCAGACGUGGUUACUGCAGCACAUGUUUGACUCUGAGCAGGUUCCAGAUGAUAAGUUCUCCGUGCUGCUGCAAUACAUAGAAGGCCUCCGUGGAGGAGCACGAGACACCACGGUGCAGAAGGCCCUAGACCUGGUCCAAGACUCAGGACAAGAUAAUGUGGAUGUCCACAAGAGGGCGCAAAGAGCCAGAGAAGUUAUCCAGAUGCUGGCUUGACGCUUUUGAGGCUUGGACUUUUUUGUGUCUAAUUUCACUGCUCAUAUUAGUUAAUAAUUCAUAUUUAAUGUAUCGCUAUUAGUGUGCUUUGGCCUUAUUUCAUGCCAGCAUUCUAAAGGAAGGAAAUUGAGCCAUUCGAUGCACAUAAAGAUGACUUUUUAAUUAAAUUACAAGGUGUUUUCCUAGAACA